AUGGCUCGGAUCAGAGUGACGACAAUCGACCCUGACUACCAGUCCGAUGACGCAGUAGCUAUGCCGGCUGACCCUAUAAAUCAAGAACAAGCCGAGGAACCGGCUGAGGCAGGUCCUAAUGAGGAAGUUCCACAAAAUUCUCCAAGUACACCUAGCACCCCGGGUGACAGUAUCUUGGAUAGCUCUGGUUCCAACGGUGAGGAAUCCGGAGAGGAAGCCGACGAGGGAUUCGAAGAGGAAGCCGGCGAGGGAUCCGUGGAGGGAUCCGUGGAGGGGUCCGGAGAAGGGUCAGCUGAUAAUGGGGAGUCUGGCCCUGGCCCUGAUGAAGAGUCUUUUGAAGAGGCGGCUCCUGUUGAAGAAGAGGCCUACAAAUGGCCGGCUAAGGGUGACCCGACUGAUAUGACCAUGUCCGCCAGGGAUGUGGUCACUUUGAACGCCACACUCCCUGCUUUUUGCAGAAAAAGCCGGUUGGAGAGGGGUGGGAAGUGGUCGUCCCGCCUGUAG